AGUAUAUCUCCCAGGCAUCUCCGGGAUCUGACCUGCUCGCGUGGAGACUCCAGGAUGUCUACUGGGACAGAUGUUGACAAAAAAAGGAAAAGGAAAAGGAAGGGAAGUGUCACUCAUUUUCCCCUGGAUGGAUACAUCUUGAGUAACACUCACAGUGUGAAUAUAGAGUCUUCAUUUGGCAGUAAUGGUGUAAGAAUGGAGCCAUUCCCAGAGAGUAAUGAGACUGGAAUCCUUUAUCUGAAUCCUCAAACACCAAACUUCUCUCUUGUGGAGAGGUUUGCAGGGCUUUCACCAGGAGAAGAAACACCAAUCCAGGAUGAGCAAGAACACAAAGGGGCAUCGCUACGAUGCAUUACAUACACUAAGACCAAUGAAAUAUGUAAACCAAAUGACGUGCUCCAGGAUGCUGUGACACAGAAUGAAAGCAUGUUCUUGAAACAAUCCAAGAGCCAAAGUGAUGUCUCAGACCAACAGAGGACAUCUAAGCUAGAGUUAAGUAGUGAGGAAUCUUCUCCAAGCGAAGGUGAGAAUAAGACCAAACAUCUGAAUGUAAAUAGUCCUUCACUUAUGAAAUUGCUUAAAAAGUGUAAAGACGACAAAAUCCCUCGACUUUUGGUAGCAAUGAAAAAACGCAAUGGAGUUGACACUGACACAGAGGAACGUCCAUUCAAAUGCACGCACUGCCAAUGGGCUUUCAAGAAGCUGUGCAACCUGCAGAGUCACUUACAAACACACACAGGCCUCAAGCCGCAUGUAUGUGAUAUAUGUGGCAAGGCUUACUCUCAUCAAGGCACGCUGCAGCAACACAAGCGUCUGCACACGGGUGAAAGACCGUAUCACUGCCCCUUCUGUGUCAAAACCUAUAUCUGGUCCUCAGAUUACCGUAAGCAUAUCCGUACACACACUGGUGAAAAGCCAUACAUCUGUGACACCUGCGGCAAGGAUUUCAUCCGCUCUUCAGACCUGCGGAAGCAUGAGCGGAACAUGCACACCAAUGACAAGCCCUUCCCAUGCACGCACUGCGGCAAGACCUUCAAUAAACCCCUAGCUCUGAAGCGCCACGAGCGUAAGCACCUGGGAGAAAGACCCUUCUCCUGCCCCGACUGUGGGAAGAGGUUUGCCCUGGCUAGCCGCAUGGCAGAGCACCAGAAAAUCCACAGAGGAGUGCGUCCUUUUGUCUGCUCUGUGUGCUCCAAGUGUUUCACAAAGUCCUCCAACCUGACCGAGCAUGAAGCCAUUCACAGCGGAGUGCGGCCCCAUAAGUGCACAGAAUGUGGCGUGGCAUUUGCCAUGGCUUCCCGUCUUGUUCGUCACCAGUUCAUACAUAGUAAAGAGAAACCCCACAACUGCGUGGGCUGCAGCAAGAAUUUUAGCCACCCAGCAAAACUGAAGCUUCAUCAGGAGCAAAACUGUGCAGGGAGGAUUUUUGUUUGCACAGAAUGUGACAGAUCUUUCCAGUGUUCCACAAAACUUGCACAGCAUGUGCAGAAACAUGGGGACAAAAGUGUCGCAGCCUGUUAAAGACAAGAACUGUACAUAUCCAUUACUGUGCUACAGCUGUUUCAUUUCAGUUAUUAAGGUCAAGAAACAUUGGACAAAAGGUUAUAGGGCACCACUUUACAUAUGCUAAUGAGCAAUAUUUAUUUAGAGUGCCAUGAGCUGUAAAAUCUUCACUCUGUUUCCCCAGGGUGCUGGGUUCCCACGAGAAUGUCUUGGGAUAAAAAUUACCGCCAGCACAGCACUGACACUGGAGCUGACAGUUUAAUGGUGUGAUGUGAAACUCAUUAAAAGAGCACUGAACCCUUUUUUUAAAACUGUGAAUGCACUGUAAAUGUAAUUAAUGUUACCCACAAUAUAGCAGUUUUGCAUUUAGGCAUUUUAUCAUACGACUUCUUCAAUCAUGCACUACAGCCAUGAACUCUACAACACAUUUCCCAAAGGAAGUGUGGAAAUACAUAAAUGCACCACCACUCUGUAGCAACAGUGGCACACUAGACAUACCAGCUUCAAAUGAUAGGCAGCUUAUUGUUCUUAACCCUUGCAAAGAAUAAUACAAAUACAAUUACAAUAUUUAAGUACUGCUCUUGAGUAGAUAAGAUUUUGCAUCACUGAUACUAAAAACAUGACUGUGACAACAUUAAUAGACCAGUGCAUUUGUAAUCAUUCAGGGAAGCUGGAUUGCCAGUCAGUUACUGCUUGCUCUUUUUGCUGAUUUGGACUUUUUGGAUGUGAAUUUCACGUACUAGUACUUUGUAUUCAUAGUGCGCUUUAUUUAUUCAACUACAGCAUUUGUCAUGCUUACUUUUGUAGUUUAAUUUCUAUUUUACCAACAGAAAUACACAUAGUGAGAAAAAUUGAGUUUGCCCGGAUACAGAGUGUGAUAUUUUCUAAACACAGUAAUAGCAUUUAUGAUAUUGUACUAGAUGUCAGAUUCCUAUACGUUAGGUUUAAAUGUAUUUUAAUCAUGCAUGCUGCCAUCUUCUGAGUUUUGGUUCUUUGUAAUCAUAUUGCUACAUGUACAAGAAGCGUAGCAUGUUUGGAGUUUAUCAGUGAGUAAAAGUGAACUAGCAUUUUACUGUGAAUCCGAAUCUCAAUAAAGAUUUUGUAUAAGA